AUGGUAUCAAUACAAGAUCCUGUUGAUGUCAUAUAUGUCACGUCAAACGUCGAGGUGCCAACGGGGACGUUCAAGCGUGUGAAGGUUGCGAUUUGUCCUCCUACGGGCGACGGUUAUACUGAGUCGUUGAAUUCUUUCAAGGUGCCGGUGUUCCUAUUGAACGAAACGUAUCGAGUGCUUGUGAAAGACGUAGCAAAAAUAUGGAACUACCCAUCAUCGUACCAGUUAAUAAAACAUCUAGUGAAAGGUACGGGGAUGAAUAAAGGAGAGUUUUUACAUACGACAGAUUGUACCAUAAACGAAUGGUUAUUGGAGAAGAGCCUAAUAGAUGAGUCUGAAUUGAAGUAUAAGUUAUUCUACAUUGAUGCUCAGUUUUUACAUCAGGUUGUGUCCAAUAAGGAAGUCCUUGUUGGAGAUGAUAUCCCUGUGGACGACGAUGAGGACAACAUUGAGAUGAAUAGGCGGGUUUUAGGUUCGGGCGAUGAUAAGAUUACAAUAAGCCAGGUAUUCCCUCAGUACGGCUUGGUAGACUACUCUUCGCAGUUGAAUCACUCUUCCUUUAACACGUUGACCAACCUAACGAAGUUCAAUUACUACAUGAGCACGCCUGCUUAUCAGAAAUUUUUAGGGAACAGCAAAUUAUUUGUGAAUGAGAGAGAAUUAAUUUGCAGAGAAUACGAUUAUUCGUUGAUUGAAGUUCUCGAACAUGAAAGAACCAAUGAAAAUCAAGUUAAAGAGAAGAGACGGAAAGGAAAACCAAUUGGAAGAUCGAAGAAACAUAAUACUAAUGUAGACCCUAAUACGAUAGAUCUUACGGAGUCUAUAAUACCAGGUCAAGGGUACAUUCAGGAAUUUAAUAUAAACCAUUUCUGCAAGGUUCCAAAUUACUUUGUAACUACAAAUGCUCCAAAUGCUGGAUCAUCGGCAUCAUCUAUUUUGAAAGACAUGAAGAAGCCAAUUGGUUCAUCUUCAGGUUCAUCCUUAUUAUUUGGUGACAAUGUCAAGUUAGCAAAGAAUGUUCAGCAAUUGGUAUUUACGAAUGAAAGUGAUAAUUACAAUCAUGCGAAAUAUUAUUAUACCAAAAGUUAUAGAGGCCCUGGAAGUGGAAACUACAAGGAUGCAGCUUUGAUCAGUAAAAUGAAUAAAAUUCCAAUGGCUUCAAAUUCUAAGUCUAUCAAAACUCCACACAAAGUUACGAAAGAUAUCGCCAAACUCAAUAAUAAAAGGUAUAACGCUAACGUGAAGGGAUUAAUGCACGAUAGAUUCAAUAAGCCACUUGUUGAAUCUAUUCUUAAUAAGCAAAGAGAAGAUAUUGAUGAUUGUGUCAAUUUAGAAAUGUUACACAAUAAUUUACAAUUUAAUCUUUUAUUGAAUACUUAUAGAGAAAUGGCGGACGAAACUUGGACAAACUAUUAUAAAUUUAAGCUUGUCGAUUUUGAACAACUAUCCGUGGAUAAAAAACAAAAAGUUGAAGAAAAAGCACAACAAGAAUCACUCGAGUCUGAAGCGCAGGUUCCUGGUGCAGAAUUCAAUCCGCCAAUGCAGAAUUUCACGCUAGCUGAUAAGUAUGUUCAUCCCUCAGCUCAUAAGGAAAUAUUAUCGAAGCUUCCAGUCGAAUUGCGUGAUGAAGACUCUAAUAACAAUGAUUCUCGUUCAAUCAAGAAUCCUCUUUAUUACACUGCAACGUACCCUGAUGUUAAUAAUCCGGAAUUAUUAAAUAAAGUUGAAGUAGUUAAAUUACCGAAUGCAAACGCUAUAGGUUGGGAUAAUAUGAGAAAGUAUAAACGCGAUUAA